AUGACUUCAGAAGAGACAGGGACAACUCACUCUAGCAUCUAUGACUUCCAGAUACUAGACGCUGACCACCAGUUGUACGACCUCUUGCAGCACAAGGGGCACCCGCUACUGAUCUACAAUGUGGCCAGUAAGUGCGGCUACACGAAGGACGGCUACGAGACGGCGACGACGCUCUACAACAAGUACAAGGGCCAGGGCUUUACAGUGUUGGCGUUUCCGUGCAAUCAAUUUGGCGGGCAGGAGCCGGGGACGGCGCAGGAGGUGAAGGAGUUUGCUUGCACACGCUUUAAGGCGGAGUUCCCCAUCAUGGCGAAGAUUGACGUGAAUGGUGACAAGGCCCAUCCGCUGUAUAGCUAUUUGAAACGCUGCCUUACUGGAGCUGCUGGCGUGCAGGCCAUCAAGUGGAACUUCACCUCAUUCCUCAUUGAUAAGAAUGGUGUGCCCGUGGCGCGGUUUUCGCCCGGUGCGUCGGUGGAUCAAAUUGAGAAGGGACUUUUGCCAUUGCUUGGGGAGGAGCAUGCUGCUGUUUCUGCCCAGUGUUCUUGCGAGACUGUGACACCCGCUAGUUUGUGCUCCUGA